AUGUCUUCUAAAAUUGCAUCUCAAAUGAGAUGGCAUGAGGAAAAACGUACAAAAGAUGGUUGUAUGAGACAUCCAGCUGAUUCUCCAGCUUGGCAAACUUUUGACCAUCUACAUCCAGAAUUUGCUAAGGAUUGUCGAAAUGUUAGAUUGGGGUUGGCAUCUGAUGGGUUUAAUCCAUUCAACAACAUGAGUUCUACACACAAAUAUGGAAAGCGACCACCUUUACAAACUGGGGAUAUGAUUGUGAGUGAAUUGGGAGACUUGCAAAUUAAAUUUGGAAAACUUGUGAAAGGUAAUCCGAAAUUGCCUUUUAAUUGGAAAAAGAGGAGUAUUUUCUUUGACUUGCCAUAUUGGAAAGAUAAUGUCUUAAGACAUAAUCUUGACUUCAUGCACAUUGAGAAGAAUGUUUGUGAAAAUAUUUGGGGGACAUUGCUGGAUAUUGAGGAUAAAGCAAAGGACCAUUAUAAUUCCCGCCGUGAUUUGAGAGAAAUGGGAAUAAGAAAAGAGCUGCAUCCCAUUGAGACAGAACCUGGAAAGGUUUACUUACCUCCAUCUUCCUUUGCAAUGGAUAAAAAACAGAAAACUAUGUUUUACAAUGUGCUAAAAAAAGUGAAAGUUCCAGAUGGUUAUGCAGCUAACGUCUCAAGAUGCGUUCGAGUAAAGCCACCAACAAUUUCGGGGCUUAAAAGUCAUGAUAAUCAUAUUCUAAUGCAGCAAUUGAUGCCUAUAGCUUUGAGAAAGACUUUGCCAAAAUCAGUGCGCUAUCCUUUGAUUCGAUUGAGUAGAUACUUUAGGCAGCUUUGUUCUAAAGUUAUUUGUCCUCAAGAUGUGGUUCGUUUGGAAAGUGAAAUUGCCGUUAUACUCUGUGAUCUUGAGAAAUGCUUUCCACCAACAUUCUUCGAUGUCAUGGUGCAUUUAACUAUUCAUUUGGCAACUGAAGUGAAAUUAGGUGGCCUGGUGUAUUAUCGUUGGAUGUAUCCUGUAGAGAGGCCUGAAGGUUCGAUUGCUCAAGGCUAUUUGGUAGAAGAAUGCAUAAACUUUUGCUCGUUGUAUCUUGCGGACUAUGUUGAGACAAAAUUCAAUCGUCCAAGCAGAAAUGAAGAAGUACAUAAGGAAAUUGAAGAGGGUUUAGAUAUAUUCUCUAAAUCAGGACAUCCUUUGGGGAGGGGCAAGGCAACAGUUUUUUAUGCUCAUAUCUUGAGUAAAGCACAUCAGUAUAUUUUAUUUAACUGUGAUGCUGUCACACCUUACAUAGAGCAGCAUCGUAGAUUGAUAGAAGAAUGGCAUCCUCAAGUUCCACAGCAUCUAAAAGAGCGCUUGCACAGCGAAAAUUUUGCUUGUUGGUUUGCUGAACAUAUUGACAAGUUAGAACUUCCUCAAAAUGUUUCGGUGUUGAGAGACUUGAGGUUCCUUGCUAAAGGUCCAGAUGUUGUUGGAAUCCAACAUGACAAGUAUGUUGUUAAUGGAUUUCGGUUUCACACCAAUGAAGUUGAGAAGAAAAGAAAAACGCAGAAUAGUGGUGUUACAGUCAAUGCAACAACAUCUAGUUUUGCAAGUAUAAGGGAUCAAAAUCCAGUUUUGAGUGAACUAGUCUACUUCGGCGUCUUGAAAAAUGUUGUUGAAUUAAUUUAUGGAGGUCGUCGGGUGGUGUUAUUCGAAUGUGAUUGGAUAUCAAAUGGUUCGAGAAUGAAACAAGAUGCUGAUGGGUUUACUGUAGUCAAUUUUGCAAAUGUGAGGCCUCAUGUUGAGCCAUUUAUACUCGCUUCACAAGCAUCACAUGUUUUUUAUGUGGAAGAUCCAACUGAUAAGGAUUGA